CACAUUCCAUGAACGCGUGAAGAAGACCCUGGGCACAGAAUAAGUCAUACAGAAGCCCGACUUAUUGUUUUUUCCUAUAAUUUUCCAAUGAUUUUGGCGUAACCAUAAUUCGUCAUCAAAAUGCUGACGCCAUGGUCCUAGCCAGUGUGUGUGGCAGCGGUUACUCGAGUCGACCUUCUGUAUGUCUUUAUUCUGGGGACGAGGUUGCACAUUCCCCGCAUUAGAUUAGUGUUGGGGUUAGGGUCACGAAUUAGGAUUGUAAAUAUUAGGAAUAGUUUAAGGAUAAUGAAUCACUGUGUUUAAAUUGUGCCUGACUGGAAAGGUUUGAUAUUACACCUGAGAUCCAAUAAUUGUACAGAAAACAUCAAAACUGUGUGCCCAAAAUCUCGGUUAUGUGAAAUAAACUUUGCAGAACUGACUCAAUGAAUAACAUUCAUCACUUUGAAUACACUCAUACAGGCUGAAAAAGAAAUUGAAAAAGAAGCAGAGAAGUAUCUAGAGAUGCCAGCAGUAAUGGAGGAAAGACAGGAUUCAAACAUAGUGUUGGAAAAAAGACCAGACCUUGAGGGAUAUUCAGAAUGCAAUAUUGUUUUCACUGAUAUUAGUCAGGGCAAUACAAACAGGGUAAUGCAUGCUUAGCAAUUAAUUUAGAGAAUCUUUUAUGCCAUUGAGGUAACAAAAAUAUUCAGCAACAUAGAGUCAACUUAAUCACUGAAAAGUGGUGACAAGUUUGAGAAGCUCUAGCUAUAAAAUUUAGAACUUUUUUGUAAAGAAUGUACAUUUUUUAAUUUGGCCAUGUAUAUAUUUCAUUUCAUGCAUUCUCAUUCAUUUCAUUUCUUAUUUGACAAAUUCUUGCAAUUUAAAACAAGAUCACUGGCAACACUUCCGUACUGUGGAAAUUCUAUAGAAAUUAUAUGCAAAAAAGUUAGAAAUUCAAGACGUUUUGCACUCUUCCAUAUAUAGUAUAUGGAAAUUUUCCAGAAAUAGCGUGGAAAGUUUCUGGACUAUCUAGAAAACCAAAGAAUGGAAAUGUUUCAAAUUUUCCAGUGAUAUCUUAUAGAAUGGACAUAUUUUUGCCACAUAUAUUUCUCUUAUUGUUAUAAUAUCCGCUAAUAUAUCGACUAAGACGUAUCUUAAAGCCAUUUCUUACAAAAUCGACGUAUUUUCCCGGACUUCCCUUACACUUUUUGAGAAUACUCUUGCUUCUUAAAUUUGCCACAUAUAUUUCCUGUAUAAUAUUAUACAGCUAUACUAUAGGACCUUAAGAUUGACGUUUACGGCAGACCGCAAACUUCAAAUUGUAUUUUGAGUACAACUGUUAUAAUAAUUUCUGGAACGAAAUCUACAAACUACUUACUAGGGUACUUUUCAUGUACAUUGAUAUAAUAAUAUGACUAUCUAAUUCCAUACAAAGUUAGGGCAAGUUGUGCAUUAAAAUUGAAGUAUAAAUUAGCUACUUAGUUGUCGAAAACGUGUGGAACUUACCGUCAAAUGCGACUUGAAGUUUGCUGUUAGCUGCCUGCCAUAAACGUGAAUCUUGAAGGCACAGUUCAGCCUGUUGAACGAUGGUUUUUAAGGCGCAUUUGAGCCCUUUUAAUUGAAAAAACUAACUAGAAAAAUCAAUUAAGCAUAAUUCAAGAUCACCAAACUUAAUAUUUUUAACAUUUUAAAACAUUUAUAUUGUUAAAAACAUCGAGUUUACUGAUUCUGAAUAAUGCUUAAUUGAUUUUCCUAGUUAGUUUUUUCAAUUCAAAGGGCUCAAAUGCGCCUUAAGAACCAUCGUUCAAAAGGCUGAACUGUGCCUUUAAAGAUGAUGUCCACUCCGUUCUGCGCAUCAGUUCUACUCAUAACAAAGGGGGACCCCCAGAUAUAAACAUUGCCCAAAUUUUGCAUGUUUCGAACUUUUUUGAAUUGAAACGUAUAGUUUAUAUUCAUUUACAAAUAUAGCGAACCAGAAAAGUGUUAGAUAUUCAGUUAGUAUAUCAUAUUUUAUAAAUAUAGCAGUUCAAAACGUAAACAAAGUUCGCGCAUGUGCACAGGAGUGGACAUCAUCUUUAAGGUCUCUCAUAUCAGCUCUGGUACUACCCACUAUAAGAGGUAACGUAAUACCAAUGACUUGCAGGAUCGACGGAUAGUUGUGCGUGAACCCGAUGGUACGUUACGUGAAGGUCAUUGGGACGAAAGAGACCGAAUGAAUUUCUUGUUUUUUCAAAGAGAAGGACAGACUUACAAAAUGUCCAGUGUCUUGGAAGAUGAACAUUUAGAGGUUUGUAUACGAAGGAAAGUCCAAUGUGGCUAACCAAAUAGGGAAGGCAACAUAUGUGAAUGGUUUUCAGUGUGUUUGGUAAUUUCAUUUUAUCGAUUUCUUUUACAGAAUGCGUUCAAUAGAAAUGGCCAUGUGGAUGUCUUGGAUCUCGUUUGCGUUCAAUGUGAGCCAGAUUCCACCGAUUACAUCAGGGUGAGUUCCAUACAAUGUGCUUUAAUUUGAAACAGUUUUUCGUAUUUCUCAAAAGGACCUUUUCUUAAGUACGUCCAGAAGGGGUUUAUCCUUCUUUUGGCCGGUAAAAGCCCACAGUCGGAUGUGUUUAUACGACUCAACCUCGUUCCCAGGCUCCCCCAGCGAGGUAGGAAUGUAAAAGAGAGAGAGAGCGUAGACGAAAGAGCGUGGAUUUCAAGAUUCUUACCAAUGAUAUAUUUGUAGGUUCAUCAGCGAACGUAUGAAGACUUGAACAGAAAAAGGUCGUUUGACCUUCUUCGUUCGACUAGACAUUUUGGAGGCAUGGUUUACUACUUUACAAAGGAGAAAAUAUUGACUUGGCUGUUGGUUGAUAUUCUAAAAAGAGAUCUGUAAGAUACUGUGUUUUCUUUCUUACAUAUUCUGAACAGGAUCCUUGUGUUGACUGUGCUAGUAAAUACUGUACGUUAUUUUAGAAUUUCAGACGCAUGUGAUGUGGUCCAGCUUUUCCAUAUUCUUCAUCCUUCUUCAAAAAGCGCAGUAAUUUCCAAACAGGAACGGUUAGAGGGAGUGGAUUUAGUAAAGGUUGGUAAUUAUGAAGCGUUAUUAGGGUCAUAAUUCCAGUAAUCUAUUGUGCUAACACUCAAUAUAUGUUUCUUUUAUUCGAAUCACACAAUUUGAAUAACAUAAUUUGAAAUCGAAUAACACAAUUUGAAAUCGAAUAACACAAUUUGAAAUCGAAUAACACAAUUUGAAAUCAAAUGCCAGAGCUCCUUUUUCAAAAGUCAGAACGCCGUUUUUAAAUGCUAAAACUCUGUUUUCAAAUGCCAGAACUCCGUUUUCAAAUGCCAGAACUCCCUUUUCAAAUGCCAAAAUUCAGUUUUCAAAUGCCAGAACUACCUUUUCAAAUGUCAAAACUCAGUUUUUAAAUGCCAGAGCACCUUUUCAAAUGCCAGAUCUACCGUUUUGAAAUGCCAGAACUGCGUUUUCAAAUCCCAGAACUCCGUUUUCAAAUGCCAAAAUUCAGUUUUCAAAUGCCAGAACUACCUUUUCAAAAGCCAGCACUCCGUUUUCGAGGACGAGUUAUUAAUUCGUGGCUAUUUUAUCACCAGAAACCAGGAAAAAUGCCAUCCUCGUCCCCAGGCCCAAGCUCGGGCGGCCCUCACACCGAGCUUGGGCCUGGGGACGAGGAUGGAAGAAUGCUUGCCUAUAAUAAACUUUUUGUUUCGUAAAAGGAUAAACAUUUCGUACGUGUAAACCAUUUUCAUUUUUUCAUCUGAAGGUUUAUGUUGAAACUGAAGGCCCUCGUGGCUUACUUCAAUUCCUUGAAGAAGAUAACAAGACCUUAAAAUCAGCGUAACACUUGGUUUAGAUGAUGUGAAAGUGCGAUGUUGAGGAGACAUGAAGUAUUGGGCACUGCCUGUUAUCCUUGAUAGCAACGCAAUGGUAAAUGGAAUUCUCAGAUCGGGCUGGAAUCAGGUUAACAGAUCCUCCGGAAUCACAAGUCAGUCAGGCAUGUUUGCAUAAAAAAAUGCGCUGAAUAUUUUCGUAGGGAUCAGAAAAAGAAAACAUCGACACAUGUUGUACAAUCAAAGUAAUUGAGAAAAGACGUGAACUUAUUGUACAUUUACUGUAAAUAAAUACUUGGUUUGAAAGAAAAAAUGUGCAAGUAUUCUAAUAUAGCAAUAUAGCAGUAAAGUACAGUAUUACAGCAAUUUUACUUACUAUUUUUCUUUUAAAAAGGACUCGACAAACAGUGUGGGCUUAACUGUUGUGACAGCAGUCUCUAAUUUGAUUGACAAGUUAAAUUAGUUUAGCUUGAUUGACAAGUUAAAUUAGUUUAGCAAGAAAAGAAUGGCAAAUACUUGGAUACGAGGUUGACUCAGCCAUUGAAAAUCGCGGCAUUAGCAACAGGUCGAUCAUUUCAAAUGAUCAUCUUUGAUGAUAGUCCAAACGUGGCGCUGUUUUAGUAACGAUCCUUGUAUAGCUGACCUGAACUCAUUAUUUGAGCUCAUUGCGUUAGGUUCGACACACGAAAGUUUCUUGAUGAAAAUUCUUCUUUUUAAAUAAAUUGCUAUUAAAACGGUUUACUUUUUCUUGGUUUAUAGUUUUCUCAAAAUAUCUUAUUUUCGUAUAAUAGCAUACCAAAAUAUGUAAGAAAAACUAAUGAGUAAUGGACACCCCCUCCAUGUUAACUCAAAGACACCUGUUGGCCUUGCUUGACACUCAUCAACACGUCACAUAACUAAUGUGUUUAUAAUUCUUUCAUUAUCAGUUAAAAAUGUUGAACAUCAUAAUGGUUAGAUUAUGAAAAGGUUGCACUAAUCUGUUUUGAUCUGUAUUUUUUAGAUACUGCACGAUAAGAUAUUCAAAUAUUGUUCCGUAAUUUAGUCGUUUUAAUUUUCAAAAACAAUUUGCAUAUUUCAUUUUGUC